ACAAAUAUUAAAACACUUAUAACAUGUACUCUAGCACCAAAAUGAGCUCCUUAGCAACCCUCUCCCUGAUCAUCCUCUCAACCCUUCUGAUCACCACAAGAGCCGCCAAUCUACUAGUCCGAAACAACUGCCCAUACACCGUAUGGGCAGCGGCCGCCUGGCCCUCCUCGCCCCCUCUCGGUCGCCAGCUCAACACCAACGACCAGUGGUCCUUCGACACGGCCCCUGGCACCGCCAGGGCCCGUAUCUGGGGCCGAACCAAAUGCAACUUCGAUGGCUCCGGCCAAGGCUCCUGCGAAACCGGAGACUGCGGAAAACUCGCCUGCACAGACUACGGCAAAGCACCAAACACCCUAGCCGAAUACGCACUAAACCAAAAUUCACCAGGAUACUACACGAACCUUGAUUUUUUCGACAUUUCAUUAGUAGACGGAUUUAAUAUUCCUAUGGAAUUCGGGCCUACUGGAAACUUCGGAGACAAAUGCGAAGUACGAAGAUGUACAGCUGAUAUCAACGGACAGUGCCCCGCGCAGUUGAGAGUCUCUGGCGGAUGUAAUAAUCCGUGCACCACUUUUAAGGAGGAACAAUAUUGUUGCAAUAACGGACCGUGUGGUCCGACAGACUAUUCGAGGUUUUUCAAGGGGAAUUGCCCUGAUGCUUAUAGUUAUCCUCAGGAUGAUGCCACAAGUUUGUUUACUUGUCCUGGUGGCACUAACUAUAAAGUUGUGUUCUGUCCUUGAGGUUGAGGAUCGCUUUUCAUGAAGACAAGUUUGGAGAAUUUAAACAUACAUCAAUAAAGCUGUCGUAUACCAGCACAAUCAUCUUCGUGUUGUACUAGUUUCUUGGCAAUAAAAUUUAGUUUGCAUGCAAACGAAACUAUAGAUGCUUCGUCUGUUUCUUAUC